AUGGAGACACCCCGAUCACAACAGACCCACACGCUCGACUCCAGUCGGGCCCCCUCCUUUGGAUCCGGCUCCGAACGCCUUGACUAUCUUGACCUCCCUGUGCGAGAACUGGCCGAUGGCGCCGACCUUCGAGAAUACACAAAUGAGACACGAGCAGGCGAGAUCAUUAAAACUGUCAAGUCUAAUGCCACCGGAAAGAUGGAGGAUUGGAAGCUUGUCACGUUCCAUCUCGAUGACCCCGAGAACCCCAAGAACUGGUCGAAAGCCUACAAAUGGUACUGCACGAUGGUUGUCGCAUUCACCUGCUUCGUCGUCGCAUUUUGUAGCAGUGUUAUCACUGCUGGUCUGACAGGCCCCGUGGAAGCCUUCCACGUUUCUCGUGAAGUCAGCUUCGUCGUUGUCAGUGUCUUUGUCAUUGGAUUUGGUGUCGGCCCAAUGGUCUUUGCUCCAUUGUCCGAAAUAAUUGGCCGGCGCCCGGUAUAUGCCGUCACCCUGUUUAUCGCAGUCAUCUUUGUUAUUCCAUGUGCUGUCUCCAAGAACAUUGGGACUCUCAUCGUCUGCCGAGCAAUUGACGGUAUCGCCUUCAGUGCGCCAAUGACCCUGGUAGGUGGUACACUGGCGGACAUGUGGAAAAAUGAAGAGCGAGGUGUGCCCAUGGCGGCUUUCAGCGCUGCGCCCUUCCUUGGCCCUGCAAUUGGCCCUCUUGCUGGUGGUUACCUCUUUGACGCUGCUGGCUGGCGAUGGCUCUACUGGUUGCAGUUGAUUCUGUCCUUUGUUGCCUGGGUCUUGAUCACGUUCACUGUUCCCGAGACAUAUGCGCCAAUCUUGCUGAAGAAGCGCGCCGCAAAGCUGCGCAAGAGCGAAAAUGACGACAACUACACCACUGAGGCCGAACUCGAUCCUCGCCCUAUGGGACAGAAGCUGCGUAUCUUUCUGAUCCGUCCUUUCCAGCUUCUCUUCCUGGAGCCUAUUGUCUUUUGCAUUGCCCUUUACAUGUCGGUGUUGUAUGGCUUGCUUUACAUGUUCUUCGUUGCGUAUCCUAUUGUUUAUCAAGCUGGCAAAGGAUGGAGCGCCGGAAGCACCGGUCUGAUGUUCAUUCCUCUGGCUAUCGGUGUGCUCAUGAGCGCUGCCUGUGCUCCUCUCGUGAACAAGAACUAUCUCAGGAUCUCCAGGCAGUAUGAUGGUAAGCCUCCUGCAGAAAAGCGUCUGAUCCCCAUGAUGUUUUCCUGCUGGCUCAUUCCGAUUGGACUUUUCAUCUUUGCUUGGACAUCCUACCCCGGCGUUCACUGGUUUGGACCCGCCAUUGGAGGUUGGCCUGUCGGCUUUGGCUUCAUCUUUUUAUAUAAUUCCGCCAACAACUACCUUGUCGACACCUACCAGCACCAGGCCGCUUCUGCUCUUGCAGCCAAGACAUUCCUGCGAUCCAUGUGGGGUGCCUCCACCGUCCUGUUCACCGAGCAGAUGUAUAACCGCCUCGGCUACCAGUGGGCAAGCUCCCUUCUUGCAUUCAUUGCCUUAGCCUGCUGUCUUAUUCCCUUCAUCUUCUAUUACAAGGGCGAGUCUAUUCGUCGGUUCUCCAAGUAUGCCUUCUCCGAUGAUGAGGAGCAGGCCAUCAAGACCUAA